CUCUAUAGCCUUCUGUUUUAGUUUUUCUCUCUUUUCGGGUUCGGCGACGGCAACGGCAACAAACGCAGUGAUCGACGAGGCUGUUCGUCCACUAGAAUUCUCCUUUCCGAGAAUUUUGAGCCGCGGCUGGACUGACUAACUGAUCACUAUCUGUGGCUGCGAUGGAUCUCGACAUGGCGGACUCUGUGUCUCCGCCGGCUUCAACCAAUAAGAAACUCAAACAAAACGACGUUGGUAACUGGGAUGUAAUUGGUGAUGGAGACGGAGAUCUAACCAAUGGGUUGAUAGGCAUUGAAAAGGAUGCUGGUUUGGCGGUGGUUGGCGGUAAUCAUGCAAAGAGUUCAUCGUCUGUUUCGGAUGAUCCAAUCAAUAUUGUCACUUCCAAUUCUGAUAUUUCGUAUCACAAUGAUGACGAUGAGGAGGAGGAGCUUGCUGAUGACGAUGAGGAGGAGUAUGGUGAUGAUGAUUAUGCUGAGUAUCUGUCUGAUUAUGAUGUCAAUGAUGGCGACAUCUAUGAAGACGAUUAUGUGAAGCUUCAAUCUCAGUUUGAUAAUGUGGAUCUUCCCACUGGGGUGGAAGUAUCCGUUCCUUGGAUAACCAAACCUUCUGAAAAUGUAGUUUCCGUCCCAAGCACUACAGUUACCAAUGCUCAUGCUGAAGUCACAGGGAAAGUGAGCAAUAGUUCUGGCUCUUCUGUUGAUAAAAGUCUGGUGGCAUCCAGUAGUAGUAUUUCUGCAGCACCCAAUGGCGAGGCAAGUUCUUGUAAUAAGGUAGAAGAAAGUGCAGAAAAUAUCAUUGAAAAGCUCAAGAACUUUAAAACAUUUGAUAUGGUGGAAGAUUUCUCGGAUCAUCACUAUGCUCGCUCAGGAGAGCAGGCGGCGCCAGCCAAAAAUUGGGCGAAAAGAAUCCAGGACGAGUGGAAGAUUCUUGAAAACGACUUACCUGAGACUAUAUUUGUCAGAGUUUAUGAAUCAAGAAUGGAGCUUCUGAGAGCUGUCAUUAUAGGGCCGGCUGGUACUCCUUACCACGACGGCCUUUUUGUGUUCGACUGUAUUUUCCCAUCAACCUAUCCAAAUGCUCCACCUAUGGUAUAUUACUACUCUGGUGGACUCCGCCUGAACCCGAACUUGUAUGAAUGUGGGAAAGUCUGCCUGAGUCUAUUGGGGACUUGGUCUGGGGACCGAAAUGAGAAGUGGAUACCAGGAAGGUCUACCAUGCUUCAAGUUUUGGUGUCCAUACAGGCUCUGAUUCUGAAUGCAAGACCCUUCUUUAAUGAGCCGGGAUAUGAAGCAAACUACACCGGAGAAAUAGGGGUUAAACAGUCCAGGGAGUACAGUGAAAACGUGUUUAUUUUGUCGCUCAAGACGAUGAUGUACAUCCUAAGAAGGCCGCCAAGGUACUUUGAAGAGCUUGUGAAGGGGCAUUUCCAGCAGUGUGCGCAUAACAUUCUGAUAGCAUGCAGAGCUUAUGCAGAAGGAAAUGCACCAGGUACAAUUACUAUCAAAGACGGGGUGGCAGAUCUUACCCAUGCUGAUAGGGUGGCCUCGGCCAAUUUCAAGGCGCAAUUAAAGAAGUUCAUCAACAUUCUCAUUACUAACUUUUCAAGAUUUGGGAACAUAGACUGUGAGCAGUUUCGAGUAAGUGAUUGAGAGAGAUUGGGAGAAAAUGAGGAGCUUUGUUUAGAGUGAGGUGGGGAGGGACUGCAGCACAAAAGAAAAGGAUGGGGGGAUGCGGACUAGUUUCAGGUGUGGGUAGAGUGGUGACUUGAGAAAUGAGAAGGUUUCCAGUACUGCGCCCAGUUUUAUUUUGGAGGAAUUUGGAGAUAUUCCAUUGUUCUUUAGUUUUUUUGAUUGUCUAGUCUCUUUUGUUAACUCCAGUGACUGGUUGAUCUAGGGUAGGAUUGUAAAGGAAUCAUAAGAGCACGAUUUCCAGGAUCGAAUGAUAAUAGUAGGCCAGCUUCAGGGGAAAAUCCUUUCAUUUUCUUGUUGAAAUGACGAAUGUUGAGGUUGGCAGUUCAUCUUUCAGCUUCAGUGAAGACCUGUGCAUCAUCUCUUUGAUUGUUCUAUGUUGAGGAUCUCUCUCUUUUGUUGGC